CCCAACUCGACCCCGACAGAGACAACAAUGCUCUCGCGGAUGGCUAGUGCCAGCCGUCUGGCCCGCCAGGGUGUGGCCCUUGCCUCCGUCGCGGCGCGUGUGAGCGGAGCUUGCGGCGCGGCUGACGCGUCGUGGCUCGCGCGGACUCUGGCCGGCUCGGCUUGUGUGCUGGGCGGGGCGGGACGGGUGAUGGCGGCAUCGGCGGCACAGCAGCAGCCGGCGCACCUUCUCGCCCGCCUCUCGGCCGGUUUGGGAAGCAGAGCAGGCGGGGCGCGGAGCGCGAUGGGCUCGGGCUCGGGUGGCUCGGGCGGACGCCGGGCGAUGUCGACGACGACUUCGCCGGGCGCAGGCGGCGCGCCGCCACGCCGUGGGCCACAGGGCGGGCGGAGAACGUCUGCGGCCAACAGUAACACGCUGGCAUGGCUGGGUGUCGUCCUCGUCGGAACCUUUGGCCUCUCAUACGCGGCAGUCCCGCUGUAUCGCAUGUUCUGUCAGGUGACGGGCUACGGCGGAACAACCAAGCAGGCCGAGGCCGUCGACUACUCCAAGCUCACGCCGGUUGACGACCGCAAGCUGCGGAUCCAGUUUGCGGCCGAGACUGCUGCCGGUAUGCCGUGGAAGUUUGUGCCGACGCAGCGCGAGAUCCGCAUUGUGCCGGGCCAGACCGUCCUCGCCUGCUUUACCGCCACCAACAACACCGACGAGCCCAUGAUCGGCAUCGCCACCUACAACGUCACCCCGCAGAAGACCGGCAAGUACUUUCACAAGGUCCAGUGCUUCUGCUUUGAAGAGCAGCGGCUCAACCCGCGCGAGGAGGUCGACAUGCCUGUCUUCUUCUACGUCGACCCGUCCAUCGUCGACGAUCCGCGCAUGGACGACGUCAACCUCAUCACCCUCUCCUACACCUUUUUCAAAUCGCGGGAUCCGUUUGAUGAAGACGACGACGACGACGACGACGAGUAGCUCAACAGCAUUGAUCAACAUAAUUGAAUGUUUGUGCCAUG